AUGGACUCCGCCUGUGGGACCUUGGUGUCCUCUCAGCCAGACGGCUUUGUGGCUGUCAGGACGGCCUUUGAUGGACGCUACACUCGGGCUCAGCCCAGGGUCCUGGCCGUUGGAGGGGCGACUGAAGUGGAUGCAGGGAAGGUGGACGGAGCUACGGGCUGCGUUAUUAAUUGCGAGGGGGACCUUGGAGUCCUCUUGGACCUUCACGACAGGAGCUAUCAGAUCAACAGGCAGAUCGAAGGCAUCAGGCCAGGGGGGCGGAAGGCCGCCUCCAAGGAGGAGCUGAGGCGCCCAGAGGCCCGUCUGGUCCUGGACCCCCCCAGCCCCAGCCGGUGCUCAGCGGUGCAGCUGGCGGAGCGACUCCCCUGCGGCUCCCCUGGGGUCAGCCACGGCCGGUGCUCCCACCUGGGCUGCUGCUUCAACCCCCAGGACAGGGUGACCCCCUGCUACUACGGCAAGACAGUGACGGCUCGCUGCGCCCCAGACGGCUCCUUCUCCCUGGCCGUCUCCAGAGACGCCGCUGUGCCGCCCCUCCGCUUGGGCUCCCUGCACCUGCUGAGCGGCCGGGGGGGGGCCUGUGGCCCCCUCUCCAGGAGCGAAGCCUUUGUGGUCUUCCACUUCCCACGCUCUGCCUGUGGGACCAUCGUCAAGGUCAGCGGGGAGGCUGAGGCCGGAGGCCACCGGAUCUACGAGAACGAGCUCUCAGUAGAGGGAGGGACCCCCCGGGUGCCUUCAGGCUCCGACAGCCGGGCCAGCGGCUUCUUCAGGCUGACCAUCCGCUGCAGCUACUCGGCCGGGGAGCCCCUCCCGGUGAGCGUCCUGCUGGCCACCCCUCCUCCCCCGGCCCCCGUUGCCCAGCAGGGGCCCCUCGCCCUGGACAUGCGGAUGGCUGGAGACGAGAGCUACUCCUCCUUCUAUGGGCCUCGGGACUACCCGGUGGCGAAGCUUCUGCACCAGCCGGUCCCCAUGGACGUCUCCCUCCUCGGGAGUCGGGACCCGGCGCUCCGCCUGCUCCUCCGCGAGUGCUGGGCCACCCCGAGCGCCGACCCCCUCCGGGCACCUCAGUGGCCCCUCCUGCAGGACGGGUGCCCCUACCAAGGAGACGGCUACCGGGCCCAGCUGGUGCCCCUCCAGUGGGAUUCGGGGCUGCCCUUCCCCUCCCACCACCGGCGCUUUGUGGUCAGGACCUUCCCCCUCGUGGACACAGACGCUCGACAGAUGCUCAGCGGCCCGAUCUACUUCCACUGCAGCGCCUCUGCCUGCCUGCCCUCCUCCCAGGAGCCCUGCGGCACCCGCUGUGAGGCCAGCCUGCAGGGCAGACGCCAGAGAGAUGCCCCGGGAGGGGCUCCGGGGGAGGCAGGGCAGGUGCUGCUGAUGGCUUCUGCUGGGCCCGUGGACUUCUUCAGCCAGCCCGUGCAGGCCUCCCGUCCCGAAGGGUCCGGAGCGCCUGCCUCGGAGGGCUUCCUGCGAUGGGAGGACAGGCUGUGCCUGGCGGCAGGGCUGGCUGCGGCCCUGGGCCUCGGAUCGCUCCUGCUCCUGCUGCUGCUGCUCCGAGGGCGGAGGAGGGAGAGGCGGCCGCAGCCAGGACCCUCCCGCGCCUGA